CAUUCGUCUAACACUAAACUUGCUGCUCCAUCGUUCUACACUAUUCCUCCUCCCAUAUUUUCAUUUCAUUCGCUUUCAUCCCAACUUGUUACCUCCAUUGUCUUUGCUCAAUGCUUGUUUCCGUAGAACUGCGAAAAAAUUGACAAUGGCGCUCCCAGUUCUUGAAAACGCAAAGAAGUUAUGGGCCACAUGGAACAUUAGAGGAUUCACUAUUGUAAGCCUCUCAGUGCAGGUCUUCUUAAUUCUGUUUGCGCCAUUUAGAAAAACGAGUGGGAGAUGGGGGAAAUAUAUGCAUUGGUUGAUCUGGUUGGCAUACUUGCUAGCUGAUUGGGUUGCCGAAUUUGCAAUUGGAUUGAUCGUAAGCAAGCAAAUCAAAAGUUCUACCGAAAGUAGUGACAUCUACGCCUUCUGGGCACCCUUUCUCCUGUUGCACCUUGGCGGUCCAGACACUAUCACUUCUUUUGCUCUCGAAGAUAACGAGUUUUGGGUUAGGCACUUGCUUGGGCUCGCAUUACAGGUUGGUUCUACUAUCUAUGUCUUCGUUAGGUCCCUUCCAGAGAACAAGCUUUGGCUCCCAACCAUACUAGUGUCAGUGGCAGGAACAAUAAAAUAUGCUGAACGUAACCGUGCAUUUUAUCUGGCAAGCUUUGACCAUUUUGGAGAUGGUUGGGUGCAUAGCGAAUGCGGAGAUGAACUUCCGAUUCCAAUAGAAUUUCAAAAUAUGGACAAGGAAACUUUGAAAGACCGAUCGAAGUCAAUUUUAUGGACAGCAGCACACCACUUUGGCACUAUCAAGACGAUGCUUGUAGGCCCUCUUCUAUCUCGAGAUCAUUCCACUGAGAUCAGAGAAGCCUUUCUCCAGGAAACCGAUCCAUCUAAGGUGUUGCAAAUACUGGAAAUUGAACUAAGCCUCUUGUAUGAGGUUCUCCACACCAAGUGGCCUGUGGUUGGUUGCAGGAUUGGAUACUUUUUCAGGUCCAUUAAUCUGUGCUGCAUCUUGGGAGCAUUGUUGUCAUUCUUAUUAUUUCAGAAGGAUUAUAAGUUGGAGCAGUUUGACAUCUGGCUAACCUAUGGCUUGCUAAUAGGGGCCCUGCUGUUGGAUUUCAUUUCGAUCAUAUUGCUCAUUUUCUCUGAUUGGAUUUUGGUUGCUCACAUGCAGAGUACGAAUCCGAGAUUGUUCGAGAAGGCCAGGUGGUCUACAGCAGUUUGCCAGUUGAAUUUUAUUUCUCAUUAUUUAAAUGAUCAUCUAGUUUUGUUCAAGGAUUUCACUGAUCUUCUAAGGAUAAGCCAUUUGUUGGAAGGAAUAAAAGGAUUACUCUGUCUAUCUUCCAAAAAUAUCAACCAGGACAGAGAUUAUUGGCACCUCAUUUUUUGGGGGUUGAGACAUUUGAAUGAUGGCAUGUUAAAAGAGUUUUCGAAUGUACAGGAGGCCAGGGAUGUUUGGUCAUGCAGUCGUAAAAUAGUUCUCGGUAGCUUUGACAAUUAUGAUCUGACCGACAUCGAAGAGUUAGAUUACACGAAAAGUGUUCUAACGUGGCAUAUAGCCACUGAACUAUGCUUCCAAGGAGUAGACCAAACGUCUACGUCUGGGAAUGAAGAAGGAGGAGAACAAGGGCCUCUAUCUGGGAUAGAGAGCGAGGACCACAAGGAGUUGUGCAAGCUGCUUUCAGAUUAUAUGUUUUACCUUUUGGUAAUGCAGCCAACUAUGAUGGCAGGUGUAUCAGUGACUUGGAAAAUAUUGUUUGAAAGAACAUUGGCAGAGGCCAAGUUAUUGUUAGACAAUAGUUCAAUCUCAAAUGAAAAGAAGCCUACAAAAAAAAUUGAAGAACUGAAACCAUACCCCGGGGAGCAAGAGAGCGAUCUAAAUAAUUCAGUGUUAUUUACUGCUGCUAAGCUUGCAAAAGAGCUGAAUAAAUCUGAAAGUGUUCCGUGGGAGUCAAUGAGCAAAGUUUGGGUACAAUUAAUGUGCAUUGCUGCUCUGAGUUGCAGGCCAAAUGUUCAUGCUCAGCAACCUAGUAAGGGCGGAGAACUUCUCACAUUCAUUUGGCUGUUGAUGAAUCAUUUGGGAUUCGGGACUUACUUUUCAAGCCAUUACUAAGAUUAGUAACUUUGAAGCCCUUCAACAAAGUUUGAUAUUUCUGUAUGUGUUUUGUCUUUCUCUGUUAUGUUUCUUUGAAUAAGUGAUGCAUACUCUGUGGCUCAUGCAUGGUCUUAUGUUAUCAUUGUAUGACUUCAAGUUGAAUCUGUUAGUGUGCACUAUGAGUUAAUUAUUUGAGUUUGUGAAUAAUCCAGUUUAUGGAUAUGAUUACAGAUAAAAUGACACUAUUCUU